ACAAUACAGAGUGAGAUUGCAAGAGAAGAGAAGAGAAGAGAAGAGGAUGGCUUGUGUUGCUUUAACUUCUCUCAUGGCAACCAUCGAGCUUGAGCUUCUGCAACCAACCGCAAGGGUGUGUCUUCAUGAUGAUGAAGCAUCAAUCAAAUCUUUGUUUGAAAACCUUUCUUCUUUGCAAACAUUUCUCGAGGAGGAAUCCAGUGGUGAUGAUGCUGCGGCGCUCAACGAUUUGGAAAUCCAAAUCAGGGACUUCGCUCUCAAAGCCGAAGACGACAUUGAAAUACAACUCAGCAAAUUUCUUCUGGCCGAAGACGACACAGAGCAUCAAGAAAACGCUUAUCAGGAGCUCCUUCAAAUCUUGAGAGAAGCAGCAGAUCAGAUCGAGUUGCUGAAGAUUGUAAGCAGAGAAAAAGAUUCCUUUGUAAGUGAAAGAGAGAUGGGUAGGGUUGCUUUAACUAAUCUCAUCACAAAAUUUGAGUAUUACUUUUUGCAACCCAACCCAAUGGUGUGUCUUCAUGAUGAUGAUGAAGCAGCAAUCAUCAAAUCUUUGUUUGAAAAACUUUCUUCUUUGCAAACCUUUCUGCAAACUGAAUCCAGUUGUGGCAAGGAAUUGGAAAUCAAAAUCAGAGACUUUGCACUCAAAGCUGAAGACGACAUAUGUAGCAACAUCCUUCUCGCUAAACACAGAGCUAUACGGCCUAACAACAAAAAGAUAAUGAAGAAGAUCCUGGGAGGGCUGAAUGAUUACAUGUGUUUUAGGGCGUCGUCUCACAGAGAAAAUAAUAAUAAUACUUCUCAGGAGCUCCUUCAAACCUUGCGAGAAGCAGCUGAAAUUGCAGCAGAGUUGUUGAUGAUUAUCAACAAAGAAAAAAGGCAUUGUGCAGAGAGGGAGAUGAUUUGUAAUGCUUUAACUUCUCUCAGGCAAACAAUUCAUGAGAUAGAGUUUCUUCAUGACGAACCGGAAACCAAAUCUUUCUUUGGAAAGCUUUCUUCUUUGCAAACCUUUCUCCAGGAGGAAUCUAGUGGUAGCGGUGCUAUGACCAAAGAUUUGAAAACCAAAAUCAUAGAUUUUGCACUAAAAGCUGAACACCUCCAAAUACAACUAAGCAACUUUUUUCAAUCCAAACACACAACAUCGUCUCAAGAAAACGCUUCCAGGGGACUACAUCAAGACUUGCAAGAGGCAACAGAAAAUGCAACAGAGUUGUUAAAGAUUAUUACCAAAGGAAAAGAGUGCCAUGAAAGUGCGAGAGAGAUGACAAGUGAUGCUUUAACUAUUUUCAUGAAAAAAUUUGAUUACUACUUUUUGCAAUCCAACCCAGUAGUGUUUCUUGAUGAUGAAGCAGCAAAGAUAUCUUUCUUUGAAAAGCUUUCUUCUAUGCAAGCCUUGCUGCAGGAUGAGGAGUCUAGUGCUGGUGGUGCUAUAAUCAAUGAUUUGAAAACUGAAAUCAUAAACUUUGUACUCAAGGCCGAAGAUGACAUUGAUACACAAGUAAACAAUUUACUUCAGGCCGAUGACACAGAAGAUUAUCAACAAAAAGCUUCCCAACUCAAUCAAACCUUGCAAGGAGCAGCAGAAAAUGCAGAAGGGUUCUUAAUGGUUAUCAACAGCAAAAAAGAGUGCAAUGAGAUAGAGGAGAUGGCUUGUAAUGCUUUAAGUAGUCUCAUGGUAACAAUUCAGCAGGGGUUUCAUGAUGAUGAAACAGUAAUAAAAUCUUUGCUUGAAAAGAUUUCCUCUUUUCAAGCUUUUUUGAAAAAGAAGUCUAGUGGUGGUGGUGGAAUGACAGAUUUGGAAGCUAAAAUCAAAGACUUUGCAAUCAAAGCUGGAGAUGACAUCAAAGUACAAAUAAACAAUUUUCUUCAGGCCAAAGAUACAGAGUAUCAAGAAAAAUUUUCCAUUUCCCAGGAACUCCAUCAGACCGUUAGAGAAGCAGCCGAAAGUGCAGCAGAGUUGUUGAAGAUCAUUAUCAACAGUAAAAGCAAUGAAGUUGAUGAGGCAAAUGAAACUCAGCCAUCAAAUUGUUUGGUAAAAUAUGACUCCAAGUUGUUGAAUGCUGAGUCUGAUGGAUCCUUGCUGCACUUUCUAAAGCUUGAGGACAGAAUGGUUGGUCGUCACCAUGAUUGUAGAGUGAUAAAGGACCAACUACUCACUUCCCAUUAUGAACUACCAAAGAUAAUCUCAAUUGUUGGAAUGGUGGGUAUUGGAAAGACUACUCUAGCGAGAAAUGUCUAUGAAGACCCAUCAAUUGCAUCACAUUUUGAUGUGCGAGGUUGGAUUACUAUACCUCACGACUACAAUAAGAGUCAAAUGCUAUGCAACCUUCUUCAGUCAAUUACUCCAGUGGAGCCAAAUGUAAUUAAAAAGGGAAGCACUCCAGAUGAACUAGAAAUGCAGGUAUGCAAAUGCUUACUUGGUAGGAAGUAUCUAAUUGUUUUGGACAACAUUUUGAGCAAUCAAGCUUUGAUUGACAUCAGACAGUGUGUUCCUAAUGACAAAGGUGGAAGUUGCAUAUUACUUACCACUAGCCACUACAAACAAGAAUACUACCAUAGCAACUAUAUCCACCACAUGGCUUUGCUAGAUCCAAAAGAAAGUUGGGAUGUAUUUUGUAGUAUCCUUCUUAUUAAAAAGCACCUGGCACCAAAAUUUGAAAAUAUUAGGAAUAGUGUUGUGGAGAAAUGUGAUGGAUUACCAAAGUUAAUUGUUGAAGUUGCGAAGCGUUUAUCUAAGUUCAACAACAUACAACAAGGGUGGAAGAAGAUUGAGAAGGAAUUAGAGUCAUUGGGAUUUCUAGAUCGCAAUGCACUCAUGGUCACUUACAAUAUGUUACCACGUCAUUUGAAAGUUUGCUUUCUAUACUUUGGAGUCUUCCCAAAACGGAAUAAAGUUCUGGUUAAAAAGCUUAUAAGGUUAUGGAUUGCUGAGGGAUUUGUGAAGCCAUUGAAUCACAACGAGUUAGAAGAUGAGGCUUAUAUGUACUUGCAGGAGCUUAUUGAUAGAAGCCUUCUCUUAAUUGAAGAUCGAAGUUGUAAUGGCAAAAUCAAGAUUUGUAGAAUGCACAGUGCCUUACAUAGCUUUUGCGUAGGAGAAGCUCAAAAAGGAGGUAUUUUAUGUGCUGUAGAUACUCAACAACAUUCAGGAUUGUCACUAAAAGCAUUUGCAAAUUCUUGUCGUUGGCUAAGUUUUUACUCACACCAUUUUGACUAUUAUGUGCUCUUUGGUACAAACAUCCCUCGCUCCAUUUUCUUCUUUCAUGAAAAUCCUGAAAUGUGCGUUCCUCUCAAGCUGUUAAGAGUUUUGGCUUUUGAUACUUCUAUAUUCCUUCAAAGAGUGCCGGUGCAUUUAAGGGAUUUAGUUUUUCUAAGAUACCUAUCCGUAGCACAAUGGUACGAGGGUUUGGAUGAAGUAGUGUCAAAUAAUCCAAAUUUACAAACGCUUGUUGUUUCUCGUGAUGGAGUACCAACUGUCCAUUUGCCAUCCAGUAUUUGGAAGCCACCACACUUAAGGCACCUUGAACUUGGCAAUUCAUAUAUGGUGGAUCCUCCAAGCAUGGUUAAAGAGAGUUUGCAAUCAUUAUCUUGUGUGUGGAGAUCAAUUCAUUGCAAAAUGGAGGUGUUUGACAAGUUGCCUAACAUAAAAAAGUUGAAAAUUUUCUUGAAAGAGGACAUAGAGGCCAGUCAUCACCCUUGUGGAUCCUCCAGGAAUCCUAUUGUUUUGGAUUAUCUUGACUAUUUGAAAGAGCUUGAGAAGCUAACUAUUUCGGUUUCGGUUGGAUGUGCAGUAAUCCUCAAAGAAAGGUCUAUGUUUCCUUCAAAAUUGAAGAAGUUGAGGCUAAGCGGGAUUAAUCUUUCUAAAAGGGAUUUGAUGGUUAUUGGCGCGUUGCCCCAGCUUAUGGUGCUUGAGUUGAGAAAUACCUUCCAUGGAAGGGUAUGGGAUGUAUAUGAUAGAGGAUUCCUUAACUUAAGAUUCUUGCUCGUUGAAGAUAGAAAACUCAAGCAUUGGGCUUGUGAUUAUGAUACCUUUAGCUUUCCCUUUCCCAAGCUUGAGCACCUAGUUUUAAGAUUCUGUUGUGCUUUGGAAGAGAUCCCUUAUAUCUUUACAGAUAUUCCCAACCUGCAAUUAAUUGUUUUGGAGCAGUGUCACUCUUCCCUUGUUACAUCUGCCAAAUGGAUUCAAGAAGAGAAACUGCAUUAUACAAACCAUAUUCUUGAGAUAAAAAUUAUGGGCCCUGAAUAUGAUGAAUUGCAGAAUACACAUACAAAUGUGUCUACAGACGACAAAUUUGCCAGCCUCACACUCUCACAGUGAUUUAACUGUUGUCACAAAAUGAGUAUCCAAAAGUUGCUAAGAGAAGGUGGUGAAACAUGGGCUCAAGAAGGUGAUGGUUAUUUCUCACAUCUUGAGUGGUUAAGGCUUGAGAUGUUAAUCGUUUAGAAGAAUUCCCUAGGUGUUCAACAGGAAAUUUGAGCCUUCGGUCAAUUAAGUUUGAUAGGUGUUGCUAGUCUGUUUGUUGCUUGUGCUAAGCACAUUCGAGACUUGCAGGUUGAAAUGGGAAACCACAUUUUUGAGGGGCCUGAAUAUGGUGAAUCACAUAUGGAAGGGUCUGUAGAAGACGACUUGAUUGGACUUGCAGUUAACUAACAGUUAUUUGAAAAUGAUAAUUGAAGGUUACAAAUGAAUUGGCUCCUCAUGACUUCAUCAACUGAUCUUCAAUUCAGAACUUAGAUUUAUUUGUUUGGUGCUUUUCUCCCCAGCCUCGUCACUCAGAAGAAAAUUCCAAUUGCCUUGUUUCAAAAAAUGCAGUGGAAGUUGAGAUUGAGUGGGCUUAAUCUCUCUGAGAGAGUGAGAGGCAUUUAAUGGCAAUUGGCAUGUUGCAUCAGCUUAAGAAGUGGGUUUAAUCUCUCUGGUUUUAGUUUCUGUUCUCUCUGAUUCAAGAAGGGCUGCAUCAUUUUUACAAAGAAGAAUGUUUGAGAUCAAAAUCGACGAGCCUGAAUGUGAGGAAUAGCCAUAUCCAGUUGAAGAAGUGGACUUGGCUGAAAUUACAAUGAAUUAACUACCGUUAAAAAAAUGGUAUGAACACAGAUACUGAAUGACACCUUCAAUUUUGAUGAGAUCCUAAAUGACAAGGCUCAAGAGUUUCCUCUCAAAUGGACAAUGGUCAAUUUUUCCUCACCGGACUUAGCCAAGGAGAUGCAUGUUAGUCAUUUAUGAUGUACUGUCAUUGGUGAAACCCUUGAUAGAUAGUGCGUUUGAGUUAACUAACCUCAAACACUGUAAAUAUUUUCUAUAUUUAUGAAUUUCUGGACAAUCAUAUCAUCUUAUCUCCUACUUCCUUAAGAUUGGAAACUUAUAUAUGGACUUUGAAGUAAAAUUCUUACACUGUGCCAGUGAUUUUAUUGAUAAAUGAGAAAGCAAUUGUUAUA